ACCUCGCUAUUGAACAUACCCCACUCAGGCCCUGGCAUCCCUGUUUGCUUUGAAUCUGCUUGAAGCUCAGCAGCAAAACCCCACCAUUCAUUUAUUUGCAGCACAGCAGCUCUCCCAGGUUAGGCACCGGCUCGUCUGCCUGAUUCAAAGAAGGUCAAAAGUGUAGAAAAAGAGAGGCAUUCUUCUAAUCACCUUCUGUUGACUCUCCCCAAUUGUAUGCUUCGUAUCCUCGCAAGGAUGACAGAAAACGCUGCCAAACGUAUCAAGACCGACAGCAAUGUCUUGAUCGGGACGCACAACGGCCACUUCCACGCCGAUGAGGCCCUCGCCGUGCACAUGCUACGCCAAUUGCCCACGUAUGACUCAGCCUCGCUGGUGCGGACGCGCGACCCAGCCGUGCUAGCAACCUGCCACACAGUCGUCGACGUUGGUGGUGAAUACGACGCUGCUCAGAACCGCUACGACCACCACCAACGGACCUUUACGACCACCUUCCCCGGCCGGCCGACGAAGCUGUCGAGCGCAGGGCUCGUGUAUAUGCACUUUGGACGGGCGCUCGUGGCGCAGAAGCUGCAGCAGGACGAGGAAGCAGAGGACGUGGCUGUCGUAUGGCGCAAGGUCUACGAGUCGUUCAUCGAGGCGCUCGACGCGCACGACAACGGCAUAUCAGAGUACGACCCUGACGCACUGGCCGCUGCGGGAAUAGAGAAGCGGUUCAGCCAGGGCGGCUUCGGGCUCGGCGCUGUCGUCGGCCGUCUGAACCCCAACUGGAACGACGUGCGACCCUCUGACCCCGUCGAGGCGCAAGCCCACGAGGACUCGCACUUCGAGGUGGCGAGCAAGCGCAUUGGCGAGGAGUUUGACCGCGAGCUCGAUUAUUACACGAAGGCAUGGCUCCCGGCGCGCGCCAUCGUGCACGCUGCGUACGCAAAACGCCUGGAAUUCGACCCUGAGGGGCGCAUCAUGGUGUUCGAUGGCCUGUCCGUGCCCUGGAAAGACCACCUGUACACGCUGGAGGAGGAUCAAAAGGUAGAAGACAAGAACAAGGUUCUCUACGUGCUGUACCCGGAGAAGCCUACCCCCGACGCCAAGUGGAGGAUACAGGCCGUGCCCGUAUCCAAAGACUCCUUCCAGAGCCGCAAGGCGCUUCCCGAGCCCUGGAGGGGGGCGCGCGACUCGGGUCUUGACGAGAUCUGCGGUGUACCUGGCGGUGUCUUCGUGCACGCUUCGGGAUUCAUUGGUGGAAACAAGACAUACGAAGGCGCCAAGGCCAUGGCUGAUAAGGCUUGCUCAUUUUAAACUUAUAUGAGCCGGAGAUAAACAUGAUGAAAAUGAGAAACAUUGAGUAAAAAGGAAAAAGACAGUUACGAACACUGUUUACGAUGUUUACGAUUGUUCAUAUUGGGCCCAAAAGGCUACGAUUUUGGCACGGGAUAAGGGGCAAAAAAAAAAGGGACUUUUAGUGUGUACGUGUAGCUGGCCGAACAAUGUACAUAUCACUUGAUGUUCGAAAGUUCAACGCAGUUAGCCACAUUCAUAUUUGGUAUCAAUUUGCACUGGUGAGAAACUCAUAAUUCCACGUGGUAGUGACGAAUAUACCCAACAUGAGUAUAGAAA